AUGGAUAAAAUUUUAGUGGGAUCACCUUCAUAUAAUAUAUAUAAUACGUUCGAUAAGAAGGUUGAGGAAGAAAAAUAUAACAAUUCUUGUAAAGUAUUUAAAAAUGAAGGAGAUACUGGUACGAAUGAAGGUUACGAACUGUAUUGGGCAUACCAAAACAUUAAAAAAUUUCUAGAGGAAAAUUCUGAAAACUUUAAUGGAAAUUCCUAUAUUAGCAAAUUUUUGAGUGCUCGAGAUAGUAUUAAGCAUGACUAUAAUUCAUACUUUUGUCAGUAUGAGUUUAAAAAUGAUAAUGCAACAGAUGUGUUAAAUGAUAAGUUAGAAGAGAAAUAUUUGUAUGAUUAUUUUCGUAAUUAUGAUAGUAUUAAAUCUUAUAAAACAUGUAAUAUAUUAGAAUUCAGUAAAUAUAAAGAAUACCUUGAACAUAUCGAUAUACUAUAUAAAAAGUAUAAAAAUGAAAAAUACUGUUGCGAAGAUUCAUGGUAUUCUUGUCCAAAUUAUUUUAAUUGUUAUGAGGGAUUUGAUCCAACUAAACUUUUAUCUGUAUUAAAUUCUAAAGGAAAGAAAAAUUGUGAUAAUUUAAAAAAUUUAGAAGAUUCUUUAGCAUCCGGAGUUGAAACUUCUACAAAUUUACCUAUUUCUGGAACGAUUCCUCAAGAGAAAACUUCAGAUAUUAACAAAUCAAGACAAGAAACCACAGAAACAAAUGGAAUUUCUGGAAGAACAGAACAAUCACCGGCUGAAAAUUCAUUAGAAACAGAAAAAGUUAAACAAACGCAAGAACAGCAAACUUGUCCUGGGUACCAAUUAGAAAAAGAUGCACCAAAAUUCUGUAAAGAGCCAAAUGUACGAGAAAAAGGAACUCUUGGAGGAAGAUGGAAUGAAUAUUCUCCCCAUAAAAGAGUUAGAUUCACUCGAAGCAUUGAAGGUUUUUAUUCUCAUACUUUAGUAAAUAAAACUGAUAUUAUUAGCAACACUUUUUUCCGAGUUGGUAUUGCAUUUGCUUUGGCUGUUGGAAUAAUUUUCAUUAUUUUCCUUUAUUAUAAAUUCACACCUUUUGGACGACAUUUAAGAAAAAAGCCAUCCAGGAAUAAACGAAUUGAUGAUGAUGUUGAUAUAUCAUACUUGCGGCAGUUUAAAAUACGUGCACCAAAAACAGUAAAUAGAAAUAGAGGUAGUGCAAGAUUACAGUUUGCUUAUUAUUCUAGGUGA